AUGGAAUUCGAAGUAACAAUGGCGGAUAUCGCCAAACUCCCCAAAAAGGCCGCACAAAACCUCUGCAAACGCUGCAACCUCAACCCACCAGAGAUAACCAUGCGGCACGAAGCUCUCUGUCGAGACUGUUUCCAAAUCUACGUCCGCACAAAAUUCACCCGCCACAUGGAACCCUACCGUGUCAAAAAACACUCCCAAACCACAAAGAAAUUGUUACUAGCAACUUCACUAGGCGUAUCUUCCACCGUUCUAUUAGAUACAUUACACUGGCAUAGAGCUUUACAAGUCGAAAGAGCGAGGAGAUCGGAAUACGAUGUUUACGUCGUACAUAUCGACGAAACCGCCGUCACAGGAGAUACUUCUACAAACACCUCCUCCACAGAUGCAAAUACAAUAACAACAGACCAAUGUCUCGAAAAAUUAAAAGAAAGAUACACACAAUUUGAAUUUAUAAAAGUCCCAUUGGAAGAAAUAUACACAAUCUCAGGAUCUACUACUCCAGUCGAUGAAAUAAUAUCCACAACAUCAGAACUAUCAAUCGACCCAAGCACAACAUCGUCGACAUCAGAAUCGCAACCACCACGAUCAAAACUCCGCACCCUCCUCUCAUCUCUCAACUCCAGAGCCUCACAGAUGGAUCUAAUAAACAUCCUCCGAACAAGAUUGAUCAUCGAACUCGCAAAACAGAGGGAUUGUGAAGCCAUAUUCUUUGCCGAUUCGAUGACAAAGAUGGCCGCUAUGGUGUUAGCAGAGGUCACGAAAGGCCGUGGGCAUGCGCUGCCGUGGCUGAUAUCAGAUGGUCCAACACCAUAUGGCUCUGCGAAAAUCGUCCGCCCUUUCCGCGAACUCUCAAAAUCAGAAAUAAUAUCCUACACAACCUUCAUCUCCCUCUGGCCCUACUCAAUAAUCUCCCAGGAAACCGCAACAUCCCCACAAAAGCCACCCAUCAAGGCCAAAAACCAGACCAUAGACGAAAUAAUGCUGAAAUUCUUCGAUGAUGUUUCUAACGCCCAUUUGUCUACUAACGUUGUAAAGACUGCUGCAAAGUUGGAGUUUGCGGAUGAUAGGGAUAGGGUCGAAAGGUUGGGGCUUUGUGAGAUUUGUGGGUUGCCGAUGGAUGAAGAUCCUAGAGUUAGGAAGCUUAGGAAUGUGGUUAGAGAUGAUGUUGAGGGUGGGGAGGGUAGCAGUAGUGGUGGUAAUGGUAAUGACGGUAUUGUGGGCGAUGCGGAUGCGAGGAUAUACUGCCUCGAGCCGCCGGAGGGCGAGGAAGGGUUGAAGGAGAGACGGUGUUACGGUUGUAGACGGUCCACGCUGGGGGCAGGUAAGAUAGACUGGCCUGUGAACAAUAGAUAA